GGUAGGUGACUGUCAGAAGAAAUGCCGGUCCUAGGUGCCCUAGUACAUCACCACCUGGACCAUGGCGACUCCUUGGCCAAUGAGAAAAGAGAGGUGCUCCCAUGGUUCCGCCUGCCUUGCUAGAUGGUUGGUGUCCUCCUUGAUGCUCCUAUGGUUGCCGUGGGUGUUGCUAUGGGUGCCGUUGCCCACCCGAGCUGAACAAGUAGGCGGCGGGGUACACGGCGGGAAGGUCCACAGUUCCCUGUCGUCGUCCUCGUCCUCGUCAUCUUCCUCGGCCUCCUCCUCGUCCCCGUCCAGCUCUUCGGCGUGGGGCUUCAACACAAGGCAGAGUGGGGGGCAGCUGGACUGGCUGCUGUCUGAGAAGGGGCCUUUCCACAGAUGUCCAGAGUACACAGAGUUCAGAGAGAGGUUCCAGCAGGGAUUUUCUACCAGAUACAAGAUUUACAGGGAGUUCAGCCACUGGAAGGUGAACAGCCUGGCAACAGAGAAGAGAGAUUUCCUCAAAGCUCCGUUACCCUUAGCACCAGAGUUUCUACGCAACCUGCGGUUACUGGGGCGACGGCCAACCCUGCAGCAAAUCAACGAAAACCUCAUCAAGAAGUAUGGGACCCACUUCUUAGUCUCUGCUACCCUGGGAGGAGAGGAGUCUUUGACCAUUUUCCUGGACAAGCAGAAGCUGAACAAGAAGUCGGAGGGUAACGGCAACAGCUCGGUGGUGUCUCUGGAGCUGCUCCAUCAGCUGGCCGCUUCUUACUUCACGGAUCGAGAGAGCACCCUAAGGCGACUGCACCACCUCCAGAUUACCACCUCUGCUAUCAAGGUAACCGAAACAAGGACGGGUCCUCUCGGCUGCAGUAACUACGACAGCCUGGAUUCAGUUAGCUCGGUGUUGGUGCACAGCCCGGAAAAUAAGAUCCACCUAAAGGGCUUGCAAGAUGUCCUGCCAGAGUUCCUGCGUGGGCGUUUUGUGGAGGCAGCCCUCAGCUUUGUGGCAUGCAACUCGGAGGGCGAGUUGCUCUGCCGCAACAACGAUUGCUGGUGCCAGUGCUCUCCCCGUUUCCCAGAAUGCAACUGUCCCUUUGCUGACAUCAAGGUCAUGGAAGAGAACCUAGAGAAGAGCAAAGAGGCCUGGGCGAGCUUCAACCAAGAGUUCAUGGAAUCAGAUGAAUUCAAAGCCCUCCUGAAGCGCUUGCCCACCGACCGUUUUUUGAACGUGUCCAUGAUCGCCAAGUUCUGGUCGGCUGACUUGUCCAUCCAGAAGCGCCACGCCCAGCUGGAGUCCAGCACUGCCCUGGUCCUGAACAAAGCCCAGAAGAUUGUCAGGAAACUGUUCACCCUGAGCAAACGCUGCCCCAAACAUCCUCGCAUCAGUCUGCCCAGAGAGAGGCCUGUUAGCUUUUGGUUGAACAGGGUUCAGUCUCUGCUCUACUGCAACGAGCACGGGGUGCUGGGCUCCUUCUCGGAGGAGGUGAAGAGCUGUAGCUGCCCUGUGGACCAGCCCACCUGCCAGGGAGUCAUUCCCUGCGUUGUGGGCACCGCCUCCACCUCGUGCUCCUCCUGUGGCACUGACAACGCAACCCGCUGCGGAGCCUGUCACCACGGCAACGUCCUCCAUCUGGGUUCCUGUAGGCCAAGCAUCGCUGCAUCCCAGGACCACUACCUGAACUUUGACCUGGACAUGCCUGAUGCUGAGGUGAAGUACCUGCUCCAGCGAUUGGACAGCAGAAUCGAGGUCCACGCCAUUUACAUCAGCAACGACGUCCGCCUGGGAAGCUGGUUCAAUCCGGCCUGGAGGAAGAGAAUGUUGCUGACGUUGAAGAGUAACAAAAACAAGUCCAAUCUCAUCCACAUGCUGAUGGGCAUUUCUUUCCAGAUAUGCUUGACUAAGAAUUCAACACUGGAGCCCGUGCCUGCGAUUUAUGUGAAUCCUUUUGGGGGGAGUCACUCAGAGAGCUGGUUCAUGCCAGUGAACCAGCCUGACUUCCCUGACUGGGAGAGAACUCGACUGGACGCCGUCGUCACGGCACAGUGUUACAACUGGACACUGUCUCUGGGCAACAAAUGGAAGUCCUUCUUUGAGACAGUGCACAUCUACCUGCGAAGCCGCAUACUCACGGAUGAUCCAACAGCGAAUGAAACGCUCUUCUAUGAACCAUUGGACCUGGAUGACCAGACGUCCAACCUGGGGUACAUGAAGAUCAACACGCUCAAAGUGUUCGGAUACAGCAUGCACUUCGAUCCUGAGGGCAUCAAGGAUCUGAUUCUCCAGCUGGACUACCCCUACACGCAGGGUACGCAGGACGCUGCCUUUCUGAUGUUGUUGGAGAUGAGGGACCGGAUUAACCGACUGUCUCCACCAGCGCCGCAGCCGCUGGACCUGUUUUCUUGUCUGUUGCGCCACAGGCUGAAGCUGUCGGCUGGAGAGGUGGCACGCAUCAAGGACUCUCUGCAGAUGUUCAACUCCAAGCUUCCCAACGCUUCUCCUGAACCUGAGCUGGCCCCGCUGUGCAGCUAGCUGUCUUAGCACACAGGUCAGGUUCAGGCGUGAUGCUACUCAUAGAAAGUGGAGCAGUUGCUGCUAGACUGAGCACGGGAGACCCUGCUAAGUUAGUCUCUUGGACCCAAAUCUGGAUAAUUAGGACAACCACCUCUAAAGGCUGACUGCUGGGCGUUUCUUACGGUCAUUCUCGGCUGGAUUACUGGUGUCACGUUUUUUGUUUUUUUAAUCAGAAAUUGCUACCAGAGCCCUUUGAUGAACAUUGAAGUCAUGUUGUGGACUUUUGGGAGACCAGCUGAUACUUGGACUCUCUUUCUGAGGCUCUAUUGUACUAGCCUAGAGGUCUUACUUUUGCUAUUACUGCCGUGCUUUUGGCAAACGUGGAUGAAGUUAAGAGACGGGAUUAAGUUUAGAGACUAUCUUACAACUUUGUGAUUUUGGAACCUCAGAGAGCCGAUGUCAUUAGGUAUACCUAAGACAGGGAUUUUCAUAUGUAAAGAGGAACUCUUAAGGGGUCUUCAAAAUGAGUAAAUGGAAGAGAAGACUUCCCCUUUUCUAAACCUAUUUUCUUUGGCUACAGAACAAUCUUGUGGGAAGGGAAAAUGGGAUAAUAUUAUAUAUGUGGUGAAUGAGUUGUUAUGUUAUGCUUAACCGUUUAAAAUUUGAUAAUCCUGAACCAUGUAACGGUCUUUGAAUAUUUCUUUUUGUUUCUAGCCUUCCAUUUUAUCUGGCAUUUGAAAACUUGUAAGUAUAUAUGCUUAACAUCCGAGUGAGAAGCCUGUUAGUGAUGUUCUGUCCUUGGUGGUGUGUCUAUACCAAAAGAAGGUGAACACAAACUGAAUGGCGAAAUAUUCUCAAUGUUGAGUUCUUUUUUUUUUUUAGCUGAAAAUCUUCUGAUGUGGUAACAAAAAGGUCUGAGGAUAUAGCGCUGUAAAUAAUGCUCCAUCUAACCCCAGGUGUGGACAAGUGCACAUUGCUUUUUAGAUAACGGAGUGCAAAGACCAAAAAAAUGUUUAUAACAAAACAAACUCAUGCCUUAUAUGAGAGUCAAUGUUAAGAUAAGAAGCACAUUUCGUUUCUGUGUUUGGUUUUCCAGCAAAGGCUGUAUUGCUUUUUAUAUUUCAAUAUUUCUACCAAGACAGAACAACCGACACAUUCUCCAGAAUAUGUGAUAAUGUAGCUUUUCAAUGUAAAUGCCAGUCACACUUUCUGCAAUUACUUGUUUUGAUUUGGUGUUGUGAAACUUUGAGUCACUAUUCACAGUGCACACCAGUACUUGCAUACUGUAAUUGUUCUGCAAAAUCCUUCUAUCUCCAAUUAGACAACGUCCCAGUAACGGAUUAAACCUGGUGGAUUUUAUUAUGGUUUGGUUUAGUCUCAGGUCAAGGAAACGUGUGGGUCCAAUGUUAGCUGCCUGUUACCACAGCGACUGGAGUUACAAGGUUUCUGCAGGGCACUGAAGGUACUUUUGAAAGCUGCAAACUUACCGGGAUGAUACUUGAUUUGAUUCUGCAUUUACUUCACUAAUUUCUCACUGAAAGUCAGUAAACCUUGUAUGUCAUUUUCAGCAGUUCUUCUGUACUCAGCUUGCUUAAGUAAAAACAAAGUGGUUUAUCUA